AUGGAUCUGCUUAAAAUACUGGAUACGAAACCUGUCCCAGCGAUCGUCGAUGCCCGAACUUUAGGUAUUGCUGAUGACACUUCUGGUGACUAUUGGCUACCAACUACGAUGUCAUUGUAUCAGAAGGAGCUGACGGACCAGAUUGUCUCCUUACACUACUCCGACAUUCUGAGAUAUUUUGAAACAAAUGACUAUAAAGAGGACGUUAUAGUGGAGUCGAUGAAGACUAUGUGCUUGAACAGUGCAUAUGUCGCUACACAUCCUUGCCUCUUGAUUGACCAUUGUAUGCCAAAAUCUCUGAUAACUAAAGAUAUUCCCAAUCAUCUGGCCGAGAUGAGCGGUAAAUUUGCAGCUCUACGGGAUUUGAUCAAUUUAGUUCAAGAAUAUGAAACUAAUACAGCGAUUAUCUGUAGGCCAGGUCGAACCAUGGACCUUUUGGAAGCCUUGCUCCUUGGGAACAAAGUUUGCAUCAAGCGCUACGAUAACCAUUCAGUGAAAUCGAAACAGCGGCCGCGUUCAUUCCCCUGUACUUGUCAUUUAUUCCCGUCAAGUGGUCUGAAACUAGAUAAAAAUUCAUUCAAAGCAUCAGGAAUAUUUGAUAUGCUAAUCUGCCUCGACCCCACAGUGAAUACCGAACAGGAAGAGGUAGACCGUAUAUUGCGGCACGAAAGAAAUCCGAAAAGUGAAGAAGCAGUUGCCCCAAUUGUAAGGUUAGUCACAAUUAACUCUGUUGAUCAUUGUGAACUGUACUUUGGAAGAUUAUAUGAUAAAAAAUCUCGAGAGUUCCUGGAGAGCGUUACCGCGGCAGUAGUUGUUUUAAGAGAUAGAGUGGGUACUCUUCCGCCCGAUCUGAGGCCGAUAUACUCUCAGAAUUUGCGAUAUCUGGUAGAAUGGCUUGAAAACCCUAGUAUAUCAUGGCCGCUACCCAGCGUCUACCGUAUCAAGAAGUAUACUCCCCUGGAUGUGGAGAGGUCACUGCUAACCGAGGUACAUUAUAGCCAAAUUGAGGAUGAGCUAGAGGCUGCUUUUUCUAAUGUUAGGAAGCGUGGGCGGACUAAAAUUGAGAAGGAAGCUUCUCAAAGCGCAGAGAUUAAUUCCUAUUAUUUAUCGAAGAGGCUAAAUAAAGAUUACACGACAAACCCUUCGAAGCAAGACAUGGCCAAACUAACGGGUAUAUCAACUGCAAAUAAGAGUUCGCAAGCUGGUUAUCAUUUGUCAAGUGGUAUGCUUACACAUCGAUUGAUUCAAUCAAUGGGUCAAACUUACGUGUUCCUUAAUAAUCUGAUGAAAGAACAUAACAGUUAUGAUAGAAUGAAUGAUAUACAGGAGGAACACAAAAGUUUGUUGGAGAAAGAGGUCGGUACUAUGGACGAGAAAUUGUCCGGGGCCAUCGGUAAACAACAAGAAAACAUCUCAAAGUCGGAGGCAACUGAUAAAUCGAACCUUGAAAAGCAUCAGUCGAUACAGCGAUAUGAAGCCGAUAUGGAAAUACUUAUGAAUCAAUUGGACUCGAAAAGAGACAGGUACUCGGAAUUGAAGCAACUUUUUCUACGACAUAGCGAUCUGCAAGAAAGGAUCAACCGAGAGAAAGGUUUUUCAUUAUCAAAAGAUGCUGAGAAGGAGUAUACAUCGAAGGAGUGUGAACGAGCGGACCAAUCAGUCAAGGAAAGCGCUAAUGAGAUAGAAAAAAUAACUGAAGAAGUAACAAGACUUCAAAAUUUGAUGAAAAAUGAAUUUGCUCAGACUGCAUAUAAAAGCGCAGAAGUUUCUCAAAACAUAUCAUCACUAAAACCUUUGAUUGAAGCGGAAAAAUUACGUUGUCGAGAACUGAAAAACAAGUGUCAGUUAGUGGAAAAACAGUUAAGUAACGUUCAAACGCCUAGAGUACGUCUCUCGAACGAAAAAAAUGGCUCAGGAAGGCGCUUCAAAAACUCAGUUUGA